AUGAGUACCGACGGAAAUGUUAGCAACAAUGAAACACUGCAGUCGCUGUUGGAGAUAUUAGAGAAUAACGCAAUACAAGGAUCAACCAUUAACAAUGCCUACCAAAUCAUGCCAGACCUAUCGCAGGCCAUCGGUGAUUUUAACGGCGAAUGCGAAAUUGGAGGAGAAGCCAUGGCAUGGUUAGACAACCUGAAUGCCACAGCAACGCUGCACAAAUGGCCCAAAGAAUUAAUUCUGCAAAUGGCCCGUCGGCAUAUGGUCGGCCCAGCGCACGACUGGCUACUGAGUCAUGAGAUCACCACCUGGCGGGAUUUUGAAUUAUUAUUCAAAAAGACGUUCCGUACUGAAACCAGCUUUUCACAACGCUUUGCGCAAAUGCAAUCUCGCAUUCAAAAUAAAGGAGAAGCAACUACUGCGUAUUUUCACAACAAGGUGAGACGUUGUAAAGCAGUGAACCUUAACUUUGAGGACAUCAAAGAACAAGUGCUCAUUGGGCUGAGCUCACACGAUUUGGCGCGUUCAUUGCUGGUCGCCAAACAUGCGGACGUGGAUGAAUUAUUGGCUGAUAUUAUGGUGUUCGAACGAAUACAGAAGGGACGAGCUGACGUUCACGUGGUCGACAAGCCGGGCUGGCGUCCCAAACCAACAAAGGAAUUUGACAAGGGGGGACCCAAGACAGUGGUGAACCCAGUCAACGACAACACAACGUCAAAUCAGGGCAGUAAGUCUACACCCGUGACUAAGAAUAUUAGAACGUCCAGCACCUUCAAGUGCUGGAAUUGUCAAAAAAAUGGUCACAGUCAACGUGAUUGCCCAGAACCGCGACAGGUGAAACCCAAGUGUGAGAGCUGUCACUGGUCUGGUGGAAAGCACCAUAGGGCGUGCACCGUGGCAACAACGAGUACAAGCGAAAGCACAUACUGUACGUAUCCGAAACCUCAGCACAAUCUGGUAACGGAUAGUGAUAAAAUACUACAUGAAAAACGCGUUAUAAUUAAUGGUAUUAAUGAAUUGACCGGGCUCAUCGAUUCUGGCUCAUCGGUGUGCAUCAUGAAGGAAAGUGUUGGUCGCCGCCUUGGUAUAUCUUGGACAAACAACGAUUCGACGAUUAUGGGUUUCGGUGCCAACGCUGAGACAAUGGCCAUCGGGAAAGCUGUACUCAACCUACAGGUAGAUGAGGCAACGCUUGACAAUGUCGAUGUCUAUAUUGUUCCAGAUGUCAGCCACCCAGUCGAUCUACUUAUCGGUCGGCCGUGGUGCGAAGCACCCGAAAUCUCUUACGUCAAGUACGAAAACACACUAACAUAUUAUAACACUAUCGCUUUUCCGUUUAUCACCACCAGUGCAACCAUCAACGAUAGUACAACAGAUCGACUGCUGUCACGUGAAACCAAACGACUUGAAGCACAAAAGAUCACGUUAGUUACUGCAAUGGUGAGUGGCAGGGAAAUUCAAGUGCCAGUACGAAAUCAAACCGAACAGGAAAUAGAGAUACGAGCCAACGAAGUGAUUGCUCGGCGAGUUUCGAUUGUACAGGCACCCCAAGUCGAACCAGAACAACGAAAUCAACCACUAACGUAUAGCGACAUUGAAAAACCAGAAAGUCUGAACCCAGAACAACAAGUCGAGCUGUUGAACAUACUAAAUAAAUAUAGAACAUGCUUUGCAACUUCAAUGGAUGAACUUGGUUGUACUAAUAUGGGGAUGAUGGAUAUCACCCUGAAGCCUAGUAGUGUACCGUAUGCUGCCAAACCGUAUCGUGUGUCUCGGGACGAGCGAGAAGAGAUCCAACGGCAUAUACAAACAUGGAGAGAACAUGGCAUUGUUGAGGAUACAACGUCUCCCCAUGCCGCACCUGUACUACUAGUCCGCAAGAAAAACGGCGAAUCCCGGUUAGUAGUAGACUACCGUAAGUUAAAUGAUCAGACCGUGAAGCAAGUAUAUCCACUACCCAAUAUCGAUGACUUACUAGAAGUAGUGUCGGGAAGCCAAAUGUUUACAGUGUUGGAUUUGGCCCAUGGAUAUCUGCAGAUCCCGCUGGCGGAGUCAGCAAGACCGUUAACUGGAUUCAUUACUCCUGAUGGUACAGGGCAGUUUACACGGAUGGUGUUUGGCCUAAAGAACGCCCCAUUCGAAUUUGCAAAAGUGAUGGAUCGCACUAUUGGAUCUUUAAAGAACAAGGUAGUUCUAAAUUAUUUUGAUGAUUAUUUUAUACCCGCCAAGGAUUGGCCAGAGAUGAAAGAACGACUUCACCACGUACUAAAGGCAUUUACAGAUGCGAAACUGACAUUAAGACCUAGUAAGUGCAAGUUUGCGGCAAAAAGCAUUGAAUUUCUGGGGUACGUAUUAUCAGCUGAUGGCCUUCGUCCAGGGCCCACCAAACUACGAGCGAUAAGAGAAUUUCCAACCCCACAGAACGAGCAUGACGUGCGCCGGUUCAUGGGACUUGCAAACUUCUUCCGUCGCUUUGUACCAAAGUUUGCUGAAAAGGCUAGAGCCAUCACCGACCUGACCAGAAAAGGAGUAGCAUUUCAAUGGAGCAAAGCGGAACAACAAGCAUUUGAACAAGUCAAAUCAAGUUUGCUCAACGAACCUGUUCUGGCGCUAUUUGAUGCUACUCGCCCAACUGAAUUACACACGGACGCUUCCAGUCUGGGACUAGCAGGAAUGCUGUUACAGGAAGACGACUCUGGUAAGUUACGCCUAGUACACUGUUUCAGUAAGAAGACUAAUGAAGCCGAAAGUAAAUACCACUCCAGCAAGCUAGAACUCAUGACCAUAGUGUGGUCAUUGGAUCGACUAAGAUCAUGGCUAAUUGGAAUUCAUGUCACAGUGGUGACAGACUGCCAAGCUUUAGUCUAUAUGAAUGGCCUGAAAACGUCUAACUCUCAAAUCACCCGGUGGUUCGAUUUGAUGCAGGAGUUUGAUGUAGAAGUCAGACACCGAGCUGGUACAGCCAUGGCUCAUGUAGAUGCACUGAGCCGAGCCCCCACUGAGAACAGUACGGACACACUGGAUGAGAUUAUAGCUAACCGCCUAGAAGUAUUCACAACUCUCACUGAGGAACAGUAUGUCAAGAGCAUGCAGUAUAGUGAUUCUGAAAUUAUGGGUAUAAUCAAAUCACUAGAGGGAGCUACACCGAGUAAGUUAUUACUUAAUAAUUAUGAUGUAAUAAACGGAGUGUUGUAUAGGCGAGUACAGACUGCAGCUGGACCACGUCAACUCUGGAUGGUGCCUAAAUGUAUGAGAAAAAGCUUAGCGAUCAAGUUCCAUGACCUCAGUGGUCACUUUGCAGUCGACAGAACGUAUGCCAAAAUUACAGAACGAUAUUACUUCCCACGGAUGCGGAGGUAUCUCAGAGUGCACAUAGGAAUGUGUCCUGAGUGUGCCCUAUACAAGAAGUCAAGAGGGAGACAAGCUGGUAUGCUGCACCCAAUCAAUCCAGGUGAACGUCCGUUCGAGACAAUAAAUAUUGACCAUUUAGGACCGUUCCCGAAAAGUACCAAAGGUAAUGCGUACAUUCUGGUAUUGGUUGACAACCUAACUAAAUUUGUUAAAUUGUACGCAUCUAAGACAGUACAAUCCACAGUAGUUGUAAAACAACUGAAAGAUUUUGCUCUAAACUAUGGAUUACCCAAAAGGAUCAUUACGGAUAGAGGAACAUCAUUCCAAUCAGAACACUUCUGGCAGUACUGCAAGGCUAACGGGAUCCAGCACCACCCAGUAGCUGUACGACAUCCACGUGCAAAUGGGCAAGUAGAGCGAGCUAACUCCACUGUGCUAUCAGCAAUAUCAACUAGCAUGAUGACCGAAGCAACUUGGGAUAAACAUCUGGCUGAACUAGAGUUGAUGCUGAACACUGCAAUAAAUCAAACUAUUGGAGUUAGUCCUUUCUAUGCAUUAUACGGAUUCGAUGCAGUGAUUCGAGAUGGUCUACUAGAUACACUCACUACACUAACUCCAGCAUAUCAAAAACCAGCAGAAGUCCAGCAACAAAUACGCAAAGACAUAGCAGAAAAGCAAGCCCAGUGGAAGGAACGGCAUGACAAACACCGUAAAAACCAAACUUUAUGUGUAGGGGAAAUUGUCUACCUACGACGACCCCCGGUGUCCACCGGUACAUCAACUAAGUUGCAGCCCAAGUACCGGGGACCAAUGAUAGUGACUGCUGUAUGUGCUGGCGACACUUAUAAAAUUGCAGAUCUACAUCAUGAAGGAAAACAAUUAUAUGCUACUACAGCACACAUUAGUGCCCUGAAGCGCUUCGCUACGGAUCAAGGAGAAGGCAGUGAAUCAGAACAAUCCGACCAAGAGGGGCAGGACAGUGACGGUUCGGAAAAGCAAGCAGUAACCACAACGAUGGCUGAGCCAGUGAGAUCUGACUCUUUGGUACCAUCUGCAGCGGACACUAAUUCUAGUCAAAGAACCUCCAGUCGCAAGAUUAAGAGACCUAUCUACUUAAAAGAUUAUACUAAUUAA